GCAAGCCUCUCAUGCAGGGAUGCAGCAAGCGUCUGAUUGGCUGCAUACAUAUACGACAUCAGAGCUGGUGAAAGCAGAGAGGGGAGGAAAAACUGCGACGGAAGGAGGGAUCCCAGCAUCUCACUUCGCUGGGUAUUCAGUCCUAAGCUUCUCCCACUGGGAUAAACCCCAUGAAUGUAGGUGCUUAACAUCUCUAUUUCCAAAACAGUACUCCUCCUCCUCUAGUCUACAGUCAUGAACUACUUGCGCCGGCGUCUGUCGGACAGCACCUUUAUCUCCAACCUGCCUAAUGGCUACAUGUCAGACCUGCAGAAACCAGAUCCUCCUCAACCUCCCCCUCCUGGACCAGCAUCAGGACCAGCUCCAGUUUCCCCAGGCCAGGAGAGAAAACCCAUCCAACCCCAGCCUGUAGGAACGGGAUUCUUCAGCUCCAUCACCAGUGUGGUGAAGCAGACGGCCGCCUCAGCAGGGCUGGUGGAGCAAACGCCUGUGCCCGCAUCAUUCAAGAGACACAAGAUCCUGCUGGUCAUCGAUGAACCACAGCGGGACUGGUAA